AUGGCAAUGUAUCGGCGAUCAUGGUCGGACAUACCAUCUGAGCUUGCUGGCCUGGUCCUCCUCCGCCUGCCUGCCCACUCUGACCGCAUUCGUUUCACAGCUGUAUGCCGCCAUUGGUGCGCCUCUGCAAAGCAGCAUAGCCUGCCCCCGCCUUUGCCGUGGCUCGUACUCCCUGGUGGAACCUUCUUCUGCUUGCCCCUCAGUGAAUCCUUCCAAAUCCCCAACGGUGCAGAAUUCCACAGUUCCUGUGCCGAGUGGUUUGUCUUCUCACAUGACGAGGCCUGCUCCCUCGUAAUCAACUUCACUAAGGUCACCUUGGAGCUCCCUGACCUAAACAUCUUCGACCUCAUCGACGAGCCUCAUGAAGUUAUCAACGGUCAAAACAUAUGCUACACAUUGUUGGACCAUGUAAUCAUGUCCAUACACAAGGUAAUCUUGUGCUCGGUGCUCCUUGUUGCUGCCAUCGUUGAUAUAGGGGAUCUCCGCACUCUAGCAUUGUGCCGGCCAGGGGGUAAUGAAUGGUUUGUAAGUGCGCUUGGCUAUGACCGGUCCAUCGACAUAAUUUUCCACGAAGGCAAGUUAUACGUGGUUGAUGGAUGGAGGAACCUUUACAUUCUCGACGUCGAAGAGGAGAGCGAUAGCGGCAGCUUAUUCAUUUCUCGGAUCGAGCGCAUCAUCAAGGGUCCUCCCUGGUCCUUCAGAGAGUACCCAGGUGGCCUCGUCAUAUUCGACACGUACCUGGUUGAAGAUCGUGGCGCCCUGCUGCUGAUCCGUGGAACAAUCUAUGGUUGGCCACCUGUUGACAACCACUCAGGGUUUGAGAUCAGGGCAGCACGGUUCGAAUUCGAGGUGUGCGAAGCAGAUUUUCAGUCAUUACAGUGGGUAGAGAAGACGAGCGUGGGCGAUGACCAGGUGUUGUUUCUUGGGCCAAGAUGCUCCAAGUCCAUAUGUGCGUCUCAGUACAAUCUAAAGGGGAAUUGCAUCUUCUUCCUGGAUAAUGAUAAUUGUGGAUGGUACUGGAAGCAUGCGCCGAGCGCGCCGAGCUCCUACGCGAUAUACGACAUGAAUGAUGGGUCGGUCCGCUCACCUCUUCCCAGAGGAUCAUGCAAGGGCGAAGAAGCUCCAGCGACAUGGCAUUUCCCUCUGGGCUGA